UCUCUGUGAGGUGGAGUAGGAGGAAUGUGGCGGAGAGCCUGCCCCUACUCUCACUCCCACCAGAGGUAUGUAGGUGAGGGAAGGAAAGGUCCUGUAUAAGACACAGGAUAGAUGGGUAGCUAGAUGAGCGUAUGCGAAAGGAGGAAAAAUCGGCUGUAAUCAGGCGCCGAGAGGAAAACUUGCAUGAGAGAAACUCUUUCUGGUUGUUCAUACAAGACAAGGAAUUAAAAUGAGCACAAAGGGACUGGAAAGAACAUGUGAAAGAGCACAUCUUUGAAAAAUUCACUUCUAUGUGUAGCUUGAGCUGUAAUCCUGAUCAUCAUCACCAGGGAGGAGAGCAAUUAAGGAAUGGCAAGUUGCUUCUAGAAAAACUUCUGAGAAAACAAAAUUCAUUAAUAUGGCAGCUGCUCCGCUGACUCUACAAUGAUUUUGAAAUGAUGUUACGACCUUCUUUACUAUUGGCUAAGUAGUAUUAGUUGGAAUAUACUGGCUUCAAACAAACAAACAAAACUUAAAUCUCGCUCUCUGGCCAAAUAUAAACCAGUGUGAUGUUGAAAUGAGAUGAGGCUCCGAAAUGGAACUGUGGCCACCGUGUUAAUUUUCAUCACAUCUUUCCUUAGUUUAUCCUGGUAUACAGCAUGGCAAAAUGGGAAAGAAAAGCUGAUCGCUUAUCAAAGGGAAUUUCAUGCUUUGAAGGAGCGUCUCCGCAUAGCUGAGCACAGAACCCUGCAGCGUUCCUCUGAAUUAAAUGCCAUCUUGGAGCAGUUCAGACGGGCAGUGGCAGAAACAAAUGGAAGUAAAGAUGCGCUGAGCAGUGUUUCAGAUGAAACGUUAAAAUUAUUAAAGGAGCUAACAACCAGAAAAGCUCUUCAAGUGCCAAAUAUAUAUUACCACUUGCCUCAUUUGUUGAAAAAUGAAGGAAGCCUUCGACCUUCUGUGCAGGUUGGCCUUGGACGAACAGGAGUUUCUAUAGUAAUGGGAAUUCCUACUGUAAAGAGAAAAGUAAAAUCUUACCUAACAGAAACUCUUCACUCACUGAUUGAUAAGCUGUCUCCAGAAGAGAAACUGGACUGUGUUAUGAUUGUCUUCAUAGGAGAGACAGAUCUUGACUAUGUGAAUGGGGUUGUAGCAAGCCUAGAAAAAGAGUUUUCUACAGAAAUCAGUUCUGGAUUAGUGGAAGUAAUAGCUCCACCUGCAUCCUACUAUCCUGACUUGACAAACCUAAAAGAAACGUUUGGAGACUCAAAGGAAAGGGUCCGAUGGCGGACAAAGCAAAAUCUGGAUUAUUGUUUUCUGAUGAUGUAUGCACAGAAAAAGGGUGUUUACUACAUUCAGCUUGAGGAUGACAUCGUUGUCAAGCAGAAUUACUUCAGCACAAUAAAAAAUUUUGCACUUCAGUUGUCAUCUGAAGACUGGAUGAUUCUAGAAUUUUCUCAGCUGGGAUUCAUUGGUAAAAUGUUCCAGUCUCCAGAUAUUACACUCAUAGUGGAGUUCAUAUUUAUGUUUUAUAAAGAGAAGCCUAUUGACUGGCUCUUAGACCACAUUCUUUGGGUGAAAGUUUGCAACCCUGAAAAAGAUGCAAAACAUUGUGAUCGACAGAAAUCAAAUCUCAGAAUACGCUUCAGACCUUCACUUUUCCAGCAUGUGGGCCUACACUCUUCUUUGGCUGGAAAAAUUCAAAAACUCACUGAUAAAGACUUCCUGAAACCAUUGUUGCAUAAAAUUCAUGUGAAUCCACCUGCAGAAGUUUCUACAACUUUAAAGGUCUAUCAAGGUCAUGCUCUUGAAAAAGCCUACAUGGGUGAAGACUUUUUUUGGGCAGUUACACCAAUUGCUGGGGAUUAUAUCUUAUUUAAAUUUGACAAACCUGUCAAUAUAGAAAGAUACCUGUUCCAUAGUGGCAAUGCAGAACAUCCUGGUGAUAUAUUAGGCAAUACAACUGUGGAAGUGUUGCCUUUUAAGAGUGAAGAAUUGGUUUUAAGCAAAGAAACCAAAGAGAAACGAUUGGAAGAUGGGUAUUUCAGAAUAGGCAAAUUUGAAAACAGUGUAGCAGAAGGAACCGUUGAUCCCAGUCUAAAUCCAAUUGCAGCUGUUCGGCUUCUAGUAAUUCAGAAUUCGUCUGUCUGGGCAAUUCUAAAUGAGAUUCAUAUUAAAAAACUCCCAAAUUAAUCAAGAGGAAAGAUGAAAUCUUGUCUUCUGAACACUUUUCUAAGAAAUCCUCCAUACUGCAGUGAAGACACUGAGCAUGCACCUUAUUUCCAACUCUUACUGAAACACUCAAUAAAAUGCUACCUCCUGUGAAAUCUACUGUAGAUGAGCAAAUUGACACAACAUGAAUGGUUUAUUAGAUUCUCAAACUGAAAAUCUACUGGUAUUAUUUAUCUCGAUCAAGUUCCUCCAUUGGAAUAUGACUCUGUUGCCUAAGGAUUAAGUAAUCUUUCACCUAUCCAGCUGUGAUAGGACAUGCUAGGUAAAGUUGUACAUAUUGUUACAUUCCUUGAAGAUAAAAAUAUAGUUGUUAAAUACAUUUUAUGAAGGGGUACUUUUUGAAGGUCCAUUUAUUUUGCUAAUGCAAACCCUCUUUUAUAGAUUAUCAGGGAUAUAUAUUCAAAAGCAUUAGGGAUAUUUAAUUUAUUAAAUGAUUUGAAAAAUACAUAUUUUUAUGCAGGUAAUAACUUGACGCAGUUUUUUUUAAUGAAUUACCUUCAGUUAAGCCUACAUUUUGCUUUGAUAAUGAAGUAACCAUAUUUUGUAAUAUACUGCCAUAACUAAGAUAAUUAAACUGAGUUUGCUAAUGAAGCACUUUUGUACCGUACCAAGGACACACUCCACUAAAUGUUCUCCUGGGCAAUCCCAUUAAAUGGGACCUACACAGAAUUUUCCUAUGGCUUGUGUCAUGUCAAAGACAUGUUGUUCAAAGGCAUAUUAUGCAUGACAUGCCAGAACUUUGAGGAGCAUCCCCUGUAAUGCUUACAGUCCACAACAUGGUCAUCUUAGCAUGUUGAGGAAUUUUGUAUUUUAGUGUGGUGUAUGAAAUCUGCAGAGAUUUGGGGUUUGAUUCAUUUCCCAUUAAAGGGAUAUUUUGAUAACAGGUUAUUCCUUUUUAACCUUUGUAAAGUUGUCUGAAACAUGGCCAGGUUACAUGGCCAGAUAGAAAAGCAUUCUAAGAGGUCUGCCUUUUAAAAAUUUUUGCUUUGCCUCCCCCUUUGGUGUGAAUGCUAUUCAUCCUUUGGAAUGACUUUAUUGACUAUUUUAUGAGGAAUAAUAGAUACAUGAUAACCUCAUUUGAGCUUCUAAAAAUGUCAGUCUUUAAAUGUCAAAGUAAUUUUCUUUCUAAAAGGGUACAGCUCCUGCUAUAAGUAUUGCACUCCAACUGACUGAAGCAAGAGAGCUCAUGCAAUCUAAAUGCUUGUUGUUUUUUGUACUUCAAGGAAAAAAAUGAGAAGCUUGCUUGGUCAGUAGCCUUGAAGAGAGGCAAUUCAAGCACUUUGUGCUUUGCAGCACAGUAAACAUGCAAUAGUAAACUAGUAAUAGCAACAAUUUUUUUCUUAACCCCAGCCAAGAAAUGAGAAGCUCAGCUUUUACCUCACCUGCACAUCUGUGACUCAUGCAGGUAAACAAAGUUUACUUAAAUUAUGGUAUCUUGUAUCAUAAGCUAAUUCUUAGAUACUUCUGUGUCUUGGAUACAAGCUUUUGCCAAAAAUUGUUUUGUCUUGCCUUCUCUCAAGGGUCAAAAUGUUUUGUACUAUAUUAAUGCAAUUAAGGUGUCAGCCUUUUUUGCUGUUUAAAUCUGUGGUGAACUUGUUUCUAAAGAAUAGUGACAUUAUGAUAAAAUGUUAAUCAGUGUUGCAAAUUGUUCAAGGUAUUUCCACAGUAGAGAUUUUUCUGGUUUUUUUAAGUUAGGGCUAGCCCAUAUUUAUGGAAUUGGUUGGCUGGGAAUGUAUGUCUUUAAGAGCUUAUGUAGCAAAUAGCUAAAGGCCUUAGCUUAAACAUCAUCCUUCGAAGAAACCCCUAGGUGGCGUUUAUGCAAACCACCUUCUCUGACAUAGCUUAUCUGAAAUAUGGGAAUAAUACAGGGGUGUUGAAACAAUUUGAGAUAAUGCAAGAUGGAUAGAGUGCUACAUAAAUUAAUUACUACAAAUAUCAUUGGCAAACCCUUUAAGCUGCCUAUGACACCAAAUAUAAAUUGAAAUAAAUGUAGUUUAAUAUUCAUAUUCUAGUAAAAGAGUUCAAUAGUCAUAUAUUUAAGAGUGUUCUUCAUGAUGACUGGGAAUGACACUGGCUUAUUUGCCAUUUGAAUGGGAUAAAAUUCUGAGACUUGUCCAAAAAACCUUCAGAAUGACCACUUAGUAAGCAUAUUUCGUAUGGAAAAAUGAAUUAAAUAUUCAAACAAGGUAUGUGAAAAUGAAAAUCUUUAUUUUGCUCCGAACAACCUAUACAACUACAUAAUCAAUUGCCCUGGCUUCCCAGCUAAUGCAGCAAAUUACUGGGCUAUGAAUGCCUGACUAUAAGCUUGACAUUCCUGUCCCCAAUUCCAAUAGGAUUUAUGGAAAUUCAUCAACAUUUGGUGCUAUAAAUUAAAGUCUAGUAUCAUCUUUGGCACGAGUAUUAACUUUAACUGGCUGAUCUCUUAGCAAAUUCUAGAGACCAAUAAAUCACCCUUCCCCAUCCUUUUUGAGUUCAUUACCUAUGGAAACUAGCCUCUUUACUACUGCAUCUGGCUUUGUUUACCAAUUGUUAUCCAAAAAUCAAAGCUAGUUUAUGCCAGUGCAAUCCUAAUCAUGUUUACUCAGACAUUCCACUACAUUAAGUGGUGUUUAUUACCUAGUAUUUGGGAUUUCAGCAUGAAUGUCUCACUGCACUGAGCCCUAGCAUAAAUUUUUGACAAUUUCUUCCCAGCAGCAAAAGACCUCUCCCCCUCCAUGAAUGGAAGACAUUCCAAAUUAAAACCCAUUCCAUGUCACAAAUCAUCACACAAUUAAGGGGAGAAAAUGCAGAAACAGUGGACAAAACUACCACCAAAUGAUUGAAUUAUAGGCAUAGGUGGCCUGGGAGAAGUCUCAUUCCCUGCCCCUUCUCCAUUUCUGUGUCAGGCCCCUCAAAAAUGCUACAACAAAAGCUUGGAGGAAUAGGCUUGACCCAUAAAGAGGAAUCCUCCAAAAUUAGGUAGCGUUAUCUUUUGUGAAUGAACCCCUUCUGUCCAUGGAAAGCAAAUUCUGGGCUUAACAUUUUUAUUGCUAAUUGAAAACAAAGAAAUGUCUUGCAACAAAAGGACAGCUAACAGUACUAUACUGUUAGGGAAUGGUAACUUGCCUCAGCAAAAUGAUCACACUCUGGAGCACUUUUACUUCAUGUACCACCAGCAAAAGCCCAAAUGCUCCUGUUGGAUAGCUGUGUAAGACCAGCUUGAUGUAGCAAUUGUUGGAGCAAUGUGACAUUUAAGGCUAGCACUAAACUUCCAUAUUUUGUUCUUGCCCUGAUAAAGGGAUGUAUUUGCAAUUCCUUGCUGCUUGUUGUUGCAGUAGAUUUGUGAUUCUGGAGAAUUUCUCUGGAUUCUUUCAGUGACUAUUUGGAAACUUGCUAGAAAAUAUUGGCAGUAACUUAUUCCAAAUGCUGAAUUUUAUAUUAGAGUAAUAGAUCAGAAAAGGUCUUAUUUUUAUGAAAUGUGAGAUGUAUAGAAGGCUUUAUGUAAAUAUUAGUAUAAGUGUCACAAGUUGAAGCUCAGAAUAAAUGGUUGAAUAAAGUUAAUGUUCAGCAAAUUUGAAUAGACCUUUACAAAGAAAGUGAGCAAAACUUGAACACAAAUGUGCUGAUUGGAUUAUGGUCAUCAGGGCUACUAGAAACUACAAUCCCCUUGCAGGAGCAAAGACUAAAUUUAUGUAUAAAACAGUUUAAACAGAAAACCAAAAAUUCUCCAAUUACGUUAGGUUAGCUAAGUGCUGAUGUGUUAAAAGUGUAUCAACAUAAGAGAAGCCAUGCUGCAUCAGACCAACAGUCCAUCCAGUCCAGCAGUCUGAAUCAAGGGCCAACCAGCUGCCCACAAGACCCCUCAAGCAGGAUGCGUACAAGAGUUCUACCUGUACAAGCUCCUCAGCAACUGGUGUACACAGGCAUAUCACCAAUGUACACACUCAGAGCUGAGUAGGUUGAAUCGUUAACUCCAUCUUGGUAUAAACACAGUUGAACCAUCACUCUAUUGAUGCUGUUAAUUAUGAAUCUUAAAACUUGAGGAUCAAGGUUUUUCUGGAAGCAAUUAAACAAAGCUGUUUCAAAUGUUUGCUAAUGUCUAAAUAAUCUUAAAUGCUAAAAGAUGUCACUCCCACUUCACAGAAAUAGGAGGUUCCUAAACCACCUGCUUUUCUUCCUCCUCCUGCAAAAGAGCAAUUGUUAUUAUGUUUUACUUGUAGAGAAGAGGUGGGCAAGGCCCACAACAUAACCAGCCUCACAAAUUGUGUGUCCCUCUUUCUGAAGGAUCAAAUUUGUACAUUACUUGAAUUGUGUUUGCCAAGAUUUGAACACGCCGUUUGAAUGUUAAGCCUUAAUAAUGGCUAAUAGAUUAAGGUCUUCUUUCCUUGCUUAUUUUUCCUAAGAAAAUAAAUUUUAGUAAUUUACUGAUUAGUUCAUUAAUAAAUGGUUUAAUUUAUUAAUGAACCCCAUCUGUCUGCUUGGUAGUUGUGUUUCUGUUCCUGCUCUUGUAGAAUCUGCAACUUUGGUCCUUCACCCAGUCUCUUUCAGAUACAAUGUGUUUCCAUCUACAGUACUUGCUGUAAAAAAAUUUUUAGAGCUAGAUUUUGACUCUUAAGCUUGCUGCUAUAUUUGAAAACCUAAUUGGGUCAUGUUAACUGUGCCUUUCAUCAACGUUCUAUGUGCCACAGCUGCCCAUGUAAUAUUUAAAUAAAUAUUUUAAAAAUAUA